ACGAUCGUGUCGCAUCAAGAAGUUUUCGCAUUCCAAGUGGAAGGUACAAUACCACGGAUUGUUUCAAGGAGGGUAUCCAAAAUCCCUCCUAUUUACGAACGCUCAACGGCCAGCAACAUUUCAUUUGAGAAGAGAGGCGUGUUUAACGUAACCAAGCCAUGCAACAGUCAGCCGCAUCCGUCAUCUGCUUUUCGUGGCGUGAGAUUGGGGCCGCCGGAAGAAGAAACUUCAAAAAUGGACACAGUCCCCUUGUUGUCUCCAACUAUGGAGACGGAAUUGCUAAAGGAACCAUGGAUAUUUCCACAAUCAAAAUUGGCGAUAAAAGAAGAGAAGAAACCAACGUCCUCCAUUUGGGAGGAAAACUUUCAGGAUUUAAGCAGUUGGUGUAUGGAUACGUUCCAGGGUCAAUGCGAUUUUCGCAUAGGUGAAUCACCUACAUUUAAACUAUCAGGUACGAAAUACGAGGGUAAUAGUGCUUUGGCUUCGGAAGAGGGGGUAUUGAACGAUUUGAUGAGUGUGGGGGAUGAGGACAAGUGGAGCAUAAAAAUGAAUACAAACGAGCAUACCAACAGUAAUUGUCACAGCUUACAAUCUACAUUAAAAGUAAAUAGCAAGUACGAGAAGAAAGAUAGCAUCGUGAAGUCUAAUACAUCCGAUUUGUGGUUGAGGCCACCUAAAGAAACACCUACUGUAACGCCCACGAUAAGUGCGACAUCAUGGAACAAACAGUGUAACACAGAUGCUAGUAUACCAUUCCAACCCGGGUGCGAAGAUUCAGAUGACAUCCACUUGGAUGAUGCGUGUCCUACUUCUUUCGGUUCUACUGAAACUCCACGUGAAACAUGGGACGUCCUGCAAACAGUCGAAACCAUUGGAUCGGAGUCGUUUGAUUUGUUGUCAUACCUAUGCGAUGAUGAGAUAAAUUCUCCAGACGGUAGCGUUUCAACGGAUUCAUCGAUGGUGUCGUCCCUCACCAAAUCAUCCACAACCGUUUCACAGACAUACGAAGAAGCGAGAAUAGAUAACAACGAGUCAGACACACAAAGUCGGACAGCGCGAAGUUUAAAUUCGUCUUACAUAGAUACGCCCGCAGUGUCUUCGCGAAGAUCCGAAAGAAAAAGGACAUCCGUUACGAGCAAAGCUGAGAAAUCGUACAAUAGACCAGUGAAACGUUUGAAAUCGGAAAGGAGGCGCGUCGAGAUCGAUUCGAGCGAACGAGUAUUCGCUUCGCAGUAUCGAGAGUCCAGGGAAAAGAAUAACGAAGCCUCGCGAAAGUCGCGUAUGAACAAGAAAGCAAAAGAGUGCGAGAUGACGAUGAAAGCGAUGGAGUUGGAAAGAGAUAAUAGAGUAUUGAAAAUGAAAGUCGAGGAACUCGAGAAACUCGUGACAUCAAUGCGCAGUGCGUUAUUGAGGUCUGCUUUAAAGAAAGACGUUUGAAUGUUUUAAUUGUCGAUCUUUGAACAUUCAUUAUGCGGUAGACGCCACGUAAAGUGACUGUUCUUCUCAGUUUUUUUUUUAUUAUUAUUUUUUUUUUUUUUUUAAUAAUGGGGUUUGCGAUUUGGCGAAAGAAGUCACUUGAAGCAUUAUUUUCUAGACCUUUACACGAUUUAUUUAUGAAAUUUAAUAGUAUCGUCAUAAAAAGUAGUUAUUGAAUUUUGAUUAUGCGUAGGAAAUAAUCUUUCAAUGGAAAAAGUGUAUUUCUUGACGUUUUAUGUAUCUGUUUGUUGCACAAUGUUUGCGUUUAUAAGUUUUUCAAAGAGAUUUUAAUUACGAUAUUUUAUAAUAUAAUGGAACGUAUUUUAUCCACGUUAUCGAAGAAACGAAUACGAGAUAUAUAAUAUAUUAUAUUAUAUAUAAGGCAGAAAAAAAAAGUGGGAAAUGUUGUGAGCGUAUCCUUUUAAGAGUUUAUCAAGAACAAGAUUACAUAAUCAUAUUUUGUUCAGCCUUGUAUUGUACCUGAUAAAAAAGUAUAAAUAUAGAGGUUCGAACAAGAUAAACUAUGAUUGGUGAGAGUAUAAUUUUCUACUGGCAUGGGCACAAUAGUGGCAUGAUGUACAAUAAUAUUCGAAUAAAGAAUUUGCUUCGAAAUUUACCUCAUACUAGAGAGAAUUAUUUUUGUAGAUUAAAGGUACGGCCUUUUUGACUUGAACAUCAAAUAUAUACAUCAGACUUUGAACGACAAACGCAUUUAUUCGAAUUUAGUGAUUCUACAGGACUUGAGUGCGAACAAGUCUAAAUUAACAAUACGCUAUGUAUUCACUGCUUGAAACAAUGCAGUGAAUUUCAAACUUAGUUUCCAGCAUAUGCACAGCAAAACUAUGCACAUGGAAAAGAAAUUGUUAGCAUCUGGAACACUAUUUGAAAUACUCACUGAUACAAAUUCAACAAAUAAUAGAAAAAUGCAAUAUUACAUCACUGCGUUGUAAAUAUUGUGGCAAUAUUUUUGCUUUCGGCUUUUAAAAUACUAGUACUUCCGAUAAUAUUACCGCUAAGUCUCCUAAUCGUUAGGUACAGGCUCAAAUUACCAAAUUACCAGUUAUCAAAUUAUAAAUAUUGCCCAUAUCGUACUUAAAAAUGAAAAUUAUUCCUUUAGAGGUGUAAGUAACAACCACAUAAUGUAUACGUGCAAUGUUACAUUUUUAUUUCUUGUACCCUCAAAAUGUGUACAUUUCGAUUAUACGAAGAGUGAUGUAGACUUAACCAAAUGUCUAUUUUUUAUAAUGUUGGUGCAAUGUUUGUAAAAUUUUGUUGGUAUUUCAUAUAUGUUUCCUAACAUAGUCUCUGGUUGAUGAUUAUAUUUUAAGCUAUGAAAAUCGAGCUUAUUAUAUAUGUUGAGAAUUUAUCAUUUACAUUGCGAAAUGUAUAUUAUAAAAUCAAUGAAUGUAACAUGGUUAUUAAUAAAUUAAUGCAAUUGCAUCAUUUAGAA